UAGUAGGCCCCAUCUUCGCAUUUCUUUCGUGCGGUUGACAUUUCACAGCGACGGUUAUGCAUCUUUUAACUGUUACAAGUUCCUCUGGCUCUAACGCCGAGAAGCCGCCACAGAAGAAGAAGAAAGUGCAUGGUCCGAGGCCACUGUCGCUGUUACUACUUCCAGAUGAAUUAUCUCUGAACUGCUUAGCACGCGUGCCCCGAUGCUACCACCCGUCGGUCUCAAUGGUCUCCACAGCAUUGAGGCGUCUCAUCGCUUCGCCGGCGAUUUACGUAGAAAGGUCACUGCUUCGCCGCACGGAGCAUGUCCUUUACGUCGCGCUUAGAUCUUGCGUUACAGAGACCCCUCGAUGGUACACUCUCAAUCUUAAACCCUUCGGACAAGCGUAUGGAGUGAACCAUAGUUUGGUUCCUGUCCCGUCGUUCCCUCCGGUUCCUUCCUGGGGAAUGUCCAUCUUCACCGUCGGUUCGGAGAUUUACGUCAUCGGUGGAUGCGUCAACGAAAAGAUGGUCUCCACUGUGUUUGUCAUCGACUGUCCAUCUUACACAUGUCGCUUCCUCCCUAACAUGAAGCAAGCACGCGCCUGCGCCGCCGCGGGAAUCGUCGGCGGGAAGUUGUACGUGAUCGGAGGUUGCAAACCUCGGUCGUCGAACUGGGUCGAGGCUUUUGAUCUAAAGACUCAGACUUGGGAGACUGUGACGGGUUUGAACAAGGUGGAGAUGUAUGAGAAAAUGAUCAGGAGUUUCCUGAUUGAUGAUAAGAUUUACUUGAUGGAUCGGAAGAGUAGCUUUGUUUACGAUCCAAAAGAAGGAAGGCUGGAGAGGGACCCGUUGUUGAACGGACAGUGGAGUGUGGGUUCUUGCGUGAUCGAAGACAAGUUGUACUCGUUUGGUCGGAGGAAUACGAUAUGGGAGUUUGAUACUCUCGGGAGGGUGUGGAGGCAAGUGAGGGGUCUUGAAGAUCUUCCUGAUAAGGCUGAAGGCUCCAAAAUGGUGAAUUACGGUGGCAAACUUGUGAUUUUGGUUAACCUUCAAGAGCAUUCGACGGAGAUUUGGUAUACAGAGAUUGAGUUGGAAAGGAGGGAAGGAGGAGAGGUUUGGGGGACGAUCUUGUUGUCUACUCGUGUGCUGGCUUCGGAAGCUUUUUCUCCCAUUGUACGAUCUCUAGCUGUGUCAUUUUGAAAAUGUAUUGCUGGUCUGAUCAAGAUGAAGAUCUAAGGCUAUAAACUAUUGGAUGCUCUAUUUUCUUGCCUUUGUUCCUUUGUUGUACUAAUCUUUGGAAGUUGUUUUAUUUAUUUACGAAUAAGCUAUGUGACAUUAUCGACCAUGCUUUUGAAUUGUUUGAAUUUUAACAUGGUCAAAGCUCUACGUGGAGCGAGACUUUGUCAUAGGGGAUCUUAUAGAUUUGGAUCAACUUCUUGAAGAAAAAAUUAAGCCUAACGAUGAAGAUUUUCCCUUUUAAGUUUGAUGAUUUAUUAUUUCUACCCGCCAACCAAAAUAUCAAAGGCCUCAUUGUUUCCAAAGAUUAAUUAACCGGUAUAGUUUUCCUUAUGAUGACAUUUUAAUUUUUUGUUUUAAAUUUCUUUUAAUGGAAGCGUUUCGUAAACGAUAUGGGCCUAAGCCCAUUUAAACGAUUAAAUAUAAAUAAAUACAAGGUUGCUUCCUUGCUUCGCCGUCGCGAUCUUACAACGAGGGUUAUGCAUCUUUUUAUUUUAUUUAUUUUUUUUUUUUUUUUGAUUAACUUGGAGUGAUUUCUAUCCCCAGCUGCCAACCCCUCAGCGCUAUUCAGACCAUUUGAUACUAGGGGGAAUUAGAUACCCCAAUUGCCUGGCCAGCGCAUAGAAUCCGCGUGUUCCGUAUUGGGUUUUUUUAUUUCCCCUCGAGACCAUCUAGGCCAGCUAGGCUGGUUGGGUUAUGCAUCUUUCAAGCGUUACAAGUUCCUCCGGCGCUAACGCCGAUCGGGUUAUGCAUCUUUCAAGCGUUACAAGUUCCUCCGGCUCUAACGCCGAAGAAAUUGCAUGAUGAUAAUGAUGCGCCAUCGUCGCUGUUACUACUUCCAGAUGAAAUCUCUUUGAACUGCUUAGCACGCGUGCCUCGAUGUUACUAUCCGUGGGUUUCUCUGGUCUCCACAACCUUGAGGCGUCUCAUCGCUUCGCCGGAGAUUUACACAGAGCGUUCAGCACUCCGCCGCACAGAACACGUACUUUACGUUGCGCUUAGACCUUACUGUACACGAACCCUUGAAUGGUACACUCUCAAUCUCAUCAAACCUAGUUUCGGACAAGAAGAGAUUAAACACCGUUUGGUUCCUGUCCCUUCGUUCCCUUUGGUUCCCUAUUGGGGAAUGUCUAUCGUCGUUGUCGGCUCAGAGAUGUACUUCCUCGGUGGAAGCGUCGACGAGAGCUUCGUCUCCACUGCGUUUGUCAUCGACUGUCCGUCUUACACGUGUCGCUCCCUCCCUAACAUGAAGCAAGAACGCGGCUGCGCCGCCGCGGGGAUCGUCGACGGGAAGUUGUAUGUGAUCGGAGGGUGUGACCCUCUGUCUCCGAACUGGGUGGAGGCUUUUGAUCUAAAGACUCAAACUUGGGAGACUGUGAGGGGUUUGUCUGACGUGGAGGUGUAUGAGAAAACGAUCAGGAGCUUCGUGAUGGAUGAUAAGAUUUGCAUCAUGGAUCGAGAUAGUAGCUUUGUUUACGAUCCCAAAGAUGGAGUUUUGGAGAGGGACUUGUUGUUGAACAAGCAGUGGAGGGUGGGUUCUUGCGUCAUUGAUGACAAGCUCUACAGUUUUGACCAGGAGAACAUAUUAUGGGAGUUUGAUCCUGUCUCGAGGGUUUGGACCCGAGUGAAGGGUCUUGAAGAUCUUCCUGGUGUCCGUGAUGUCACUAAGAUGGCGAAUUGUGGUGGCAAAAUUGCGAUUUUGUGUAACGUUGAAAAGUGUUCGACGGAGAUUUGGUAUACGGAGAUCGGGUUGGAGAGGAGGGAAGGAGGAGAGGCUUGGGGGACGAUCUUGUGGUCUGGUCUUGUGCUUGCUUCGGAAGGUUUUUCUACCAUUGUACGAUCUCUGUCUGUGUCAUUUUGAUGCCACACUCCAUUGUGCGGGAGGUCAGUAGUUACCUUUGGCUUUGAGAUACCGAUGCAUCAUUCAUCACUUCUUUGUAAUAAUAUAUGGAUUGUUAUUUUUAUGUUUAAGUUUGAAAAUGUAUUGGAGCAGCUUGGUCUGAUCAAGAUGUUGAAUUUUCUUGCCCUUGUUUCUUUCUUUUACAAAUCUAUGGAUGUGGUUUUUAUUUUAUUUUUAUCAACAGCUAUGUACUUUUGAAUUGUUUGAAAUUUUAACAUGGCCAAGCUCUACGUGGUCUUAGGGCGA